ACGGCUGAUGGAGUCCCCGCCAUCGCAGCCAGCAGCAGCCACUCCGUAGGCAGACGCGCACCACCCACAAAACCCUAAUCCCCCUCUCGGCGCCGCCGCCACUCACUCCCUCAGCCCGCCAUGGCCGGCGACACGGCGUCCGCGCCCGCAUCCGCGCCGCCGACGGCCGAACUGGCCGCCGUAUCCAUCGCCGACCUCGAGCCCGCGACCUCCCGCACCCGCAUCCGCGCCAUCCUCGACGCCGGCGACGCGCUCGCGGGCCAGCGCGUGGUCGUCGGCGGCUGGGUCAAGACCGGCCGCCAGCAGGGCAAGGGCGAGUUCGCCUUCCUCGAGGUCAACGACGGGUCAUGCCCCGGGAACCUCCAGGUCAUGGUCGACAAGGACGUGCACCCGCUCCCGCGGCUCACCCCCACGGGCACCUCCGUGCUCGUCGAGGGCGUGCUCAAGAAGCCCCCCGAGGAAGCCAAGCAGCGAAUCGAGCUGAAGGUGGAGAAGGUGAUCGAGGUCGGGGAGGUAGACGCCGCCGCCUACCCGCUGCCCAAGACCAGGAUCACGCUCGAGACCCUCAGGGACUUCGUCCACCUCCGCGCGCGCACCAACACGAUAGGUGCAGUUGCUCGGAUAAGGCACCAGCUUGCCUUUGCAACCCACAGUUUUUUCGAUGAAAAUGGUUUUUUGUAUAUUCACACACCCAUAAUAACCACCAGUGACUGUGAGGGUGCUGGAGAGAUGUUCCAAGUCACGUCGUUAUUCAGCCAGGCUGAAAAGGUGGAGAAGGAGCUUAGGGAGAACCCUGCACCUUCAGAAGCUGAUAUUGAAGCUGCUAAGCUUGUUGUCAAAGAGAAAGGAGAUGCAGUUGCACAACUUAAAGCAGCAAAAGCAAGCAAGCAAGAGAUAACUUCUGCUGUUUCAGAGCUACACAAGGCGAAAGAAAAUGUGUCAAGGCUGGAAGAGAGGUCUAAGUUGAAACCUGGAAUUCCACACAAGGAUGAUGGAACAGUUGCUUUCGAGAAUGACUUCUUCAAGCGUCAAGCUUUUCUGACUGUUUCAGGGCAACUACAGGUUGAGACUUAUGCCUGUGCUCUCAGUAGUGUCUAUACUUUUGGACCCACAUUCCGGGCAGAGAACUCACAUACAUCAAGACAUUUGGCGGAGUUUUGGAUGGUUGAACCAGAAAUUGCAUUUGCAAACUUGCAGGAUGACAUGAACUGUGCAGAAAGCUAUGUUCAAUACCUUUGCAAGUGGUUACUUAAACAUUGCCGAGAAGACAUGGAAUUCAUGGUAAAAAACUAUGACAAGACCGCAAUUGAGCGCCUCGAACUUGUUUCCUCAACACCUUUUGAACGCAUUUCGUAUACAAAAGCUGUUGAGAUCUUGAAAGGUACAGAUAAGAAGUUCGAGAACAAGGUUGAAUGGGGAAUUGAUUUGGCGUCUGAGCAUGAGAGGUAUUUGACUGAGGUGAUAUUUAAGAAGCCAGUUAUUGUUUAUAACUACCCAAAAGGAAUCAAGGCAUUUUAUAUGAGGCUCAAUGAUGACCAGAAGACAGUUGCUGCUAUGGAUGUUCUUGUCCCCAAGGUUGGUGAAUUAAUUGGUGGAAGCCAAAGGGAGGAGCGUCUAGAUGUUCUUAAAGAACGGAUACUUGCGGCUGAUCUGCCUUUGGAGCCAUAUGAAUGGUACUUGGAUCUCCGACGUUUUGGAUCUGUCAAGCACAGUGGAUUUGGCUUGGGUUUCGAAAGGAUGAUCCUUUUUGCCACUGGAAUUGACAACAUCAGGGAUGUCAUCCCGUUCCCUAGAUACCCUGGGAGGGCUGAUCUUUGAAGGGGUUACCAGUCUGCGUUAAAAUAGAAGAUAUGUGAAUUCUGCACUUCAUUAGUGAUUUCAAAAUCAUUGUUUGCUGUUCGGUUUGCUCAGCACCUCCCCCACAGUUUCAUGUCUAGGAUAUAUGUAUACACACUGAUAUUGUUGGUUUUGUCUACUGUCCUUAGUUUUCUUCGUAAUCAUCAAGUGUUGGGUUGUGAUUUUGGGAUUAUAGAUGUUCAAUUAUUGGUCACUGCAAUGCCUACUGACAGCUGGGUUAUUUUAGAUUUAUUAUCAGGUCAUUGUCUUGCUUA